AUGUGGAUGCCGCCGUUGUCGUGCUCGACUGGAAGUGGAAAGACACACACAAUGCUUGGUGAAAUCAGUGAGUUGGGAGUGAAGCCUCGUUCAGAAUGUGGCAUGGCACCACGUAUUUUUCAGUUCUUGAUUGCGAGAAUCAGAACGGAAGAAGAGAGCAGGAGGGAUGAGAAUCUUAAGUACAACUGCAAGUGUUCUUUCCUGGAGAUCUACAAUGAACAAAUUACAGAUCUUCUUGACCCGUCAUCCACAAAUCUUCAACUCCGCGAAGAUACGCGGCUUGGUGUCUAUGUUGAAAAUUUGACUAAACGCGAAGUUACAUGUGUUAGUGACAUCAUAACACUUUUGAUGCAGGGUUCUGUGAAUAGGAAAGUGUCUAUGACACACUGA